AUGCCCACGAGAUCGCCCGAGGAUGAAGGCGCCAAAAGGCAAGCCUCGGAGGAACUCACAGCAAACCGACAUCCAUCGGUCUCCAGCGAUACGAUCGAACAUACUAUCGUUCGUGAUGGACAGAUAGUCUACGCUAAGGGCGUCACCAUGGCUCCAUGGGACAUAUUGGGGGACAUCCUAUCGGCACCGGCACCUAUCGCUCGCACCGCUCAGUGGCACUCGGAGCCGACCACCCAACCUCUACCUUACAGCAUACAAACCACUAUCAGCUGCCAGCGAAUGUCGCUAACCGUCGACGAGACAGCAUACCAGUGGGAACUUUCAAAUAAGACCAUCAACGGAAGACAAUACAACCAACCGGCCCAGUCGGAACGGAAAGGUUGCAAAGGUGGGCAUUUGAGUGCUUCAAGAGAAGGGUUGAACGGGGAGUUGAAACGUACCGUCAGCUUCAACAGAAUGGGCAAAGGUAAAGGCGGCCAAUCCGUCGGUCCUGAGGUGGCUGAGGCGGAAGCAGAGGCAGAACCGCCAGUCGGCGAGCGUUGUGCCGAGGAAGCUGAUGAAGUCGAGGAAGCCCAGAAGCCCGAAGCCUCCCGCGUUAUCUCAGCCCCCGAUGUGGAACGUCACCUCAACACUAGAAAUACCAAGUGGGUAAUGUGGCCUUAG